AUGGAGUACCUCAACAGAAGAUUGAAGUCAUUGCACUGUAUCCCGGACUUCAACUUUCAUCUCAUAUGUGCCAAGAUGCAGAUCAUACAACUUGGAUUUGCAGAUGACCUUUUAUUGUUUUGCAGAGGAGAUACAUUUUCAGUUCAACUACUAUACAAGUGUUUCCUGGAGUUCUCAAGAGCAUCAGGACUGGAAAUUAAUAAAAAGAAAAGCUCCAUCUUCUUUUGUGGUGUUUCACAGGAUAUUCAAAAAGAAAUACUGGAGUUCCUUGGCAUUCCAAGAGGGAAGUUGUCAGUGAGAUAUCUUGGAGUACCUUUAAGCUCUAAAAGAGUGUCAAUAACUCAAUGCCAACCUCUAAUUGAAAAACUAGUGGGAAGAAUCACAUCCUGGACAGCCAAAUUAUUAUCAUAUGCAACGAGAUUGCAACUCGUCAAAAGAGUUAUUUUAUGGACAUGGGGUAGCACUAUAUCAAAGAAAGCUCUCCUAGCUUGGGAGAAAGUCUAUCAGCCUAAGUCAGCAGAUGGUUUCAAUGUAAUGGACAUAUCCCUAUGGAACAAAGCAGCCAUUAGCAAGAAGCUAUGGAACCUAUGCAAGGAGAAGAAUAAACUAUGGAUCAAAUGGGUGCAUUGUUACUAUAUAAAAAGCAAGCACGUAUGGGAGGUGCAACCUAGCCAAGCUUCAUGGAUUAUGAGGAAGAUUCUGAAAGCCAAAGAAAACUUUGAGAAGGCUGGCUACACCUACGAAGAUCUAAUGCAGAUGCAAACUUGCUCCAUCAAACACUUAUAUCAUAAACUGCGAGGAGACUUCAACAAAGUGAGCUGGAGGAAGUUGGGGAAACAGCUAUCGCCAGAAAUGUAUAGGGUAAAAGAACAUUGGUGUCUAAUUGCAACUCUUGUCCAGCUAUCGCCGGAUUUUUCUGUCAAAUACUUAUUUUUUGGUCUAUUUAUGGUGCUUGAUGCAAUUUUUGAUGUUGCGGUUUCAAGUGUUUCUAGUUAA